CUUCCACGUUCCACCCCUCCCUUCCUGCAAAUCCUGCUCGCACUGCAAACAAUCUGCCUUCCCCAUUGCAUCCAAGGGAGGUAGCAACAGCAACAUCAUCACGGCAAGCCGGAUGGGAGAGCGGAGAGGAGGCUGCUGCUGAGAGAGGAAGGCACACACGCACACACCAGCUCGAUGUUGCCAAAGCGGUAGGAGCCGCACGAAAAAUAAGCCAUGCUGCCCCAUGUGUCUGGCGCAUUGUGCUUUAUCCCAGCCUUUUAGGAGGAAGAAGAGAAUUAUCUGCUCCGAUUUUUUUUUUCCUGACAGCGAGAGUGCGACAGACUUGCGAUGGUUGAAUGUCAAUGCCUGUGAGAGAGAGCAACAGUCAGAGGAGGAGGACAGAAGGGGAGGAAAAUGAAGGUGGGGACGGUGGUGGAGAGAAAGAAGGAGCCUCGUCCAAUGCAUCAAAAGGAGGUUCCUGCAAUUGCUGAUAGAGUCCUGGCCGCCUCGCCAUCCACAAUGGUCUGUACAAGCUGCCAAUGCGUUUGAUGACGUUCCUGUUUUGUGAAAGGAGGAAAGGAAACGUGACCAUGUAAGAUCCACGUUUCCCCGGUCAAUUACAUGCGAAGAAUAGAUUCGAUUUCGACGGGGUUUUUUGGUCCAGGAUGGUAACAGCUUAGGGAAUAAUACAGCCGCCUUCCCUUACCAAUUUCGCUCUGAUUUUUUUUUUUUUUUGUGUGGUCCAGACAGCUGCUGGAAUAGAGAAGGUCAGAAUAUAUAAAUAUAUAUAAAAUAUAUAUGAUAUAUAUUAUAUAUAUAAAAAUAUAUUUGUCUCAGUAUCUCUGGGAUUAAGCUCAUUGAAUGCUAAUCAUUUCUUUCAGGACUUUUAAUAUUUACAAUGAAAUCUUUUAAAGGCAACGGUAAAAUCUGAAGCCACCUGGGAGUACAGUGUUGGAAACGUAGGGUGUUUUCCCACAAACAAUGUGAAGGUCUUUUUUGUCAAAGAGGCAAUUUUGAUAAUAACAACAGCUACCAAUUUUGCAUUUUGAUAGCCAGACCAGCUGCUAUUUUGUCUGGGUUGACACCAGGAUUCGUGUGAUCAGGUUUUAUUUUUUAAUUGAAAAAAAAUUACAAAAUAGAAGAAAAAGGAAAAUUACUUGAGAUGCCAAAUACUGUCGAGAGAACCAUAUUCUCCCUCCUCCCCACACCCACCGGAGACGUGGACCCUUCUUUUUUACAGGCUUAGGAGUUGCGAGAGCUGAUCGGGGGCUUUUCUCCCGAGCCCGCUGCCUGCGCCCCUGGACCCUCGGGCGUGGGAGAUUUAUUUCCUCCUCCUCCCGCUGAUUUCUAAGCAAACUUGUGGAAGGGGAGCAAAGGGUCCCCAAGCAGCACGGAGUCGGGUUUUUUUCUGGUGUGGAUUUUUCUUUCAGUGGCUAUCCCCGCCGGGUUGCAGCGGGCUGCCGGGGAUUCCGCCCCCUCGCCCUCCGGCUCUGCUUUUGUCCCUUCCCCGGCGGCCAGCGGAGCCCCCCCGGGCACUGCGGCCGCCGCGGAGCCCCCCGGCCGCGGGGCGCCCGGCUCCUGCCCUUUUUCUUUUCCCCCCCGUGCCCGCCUGCCAAGGAAAGGCACAUGUUAAUACCACCCGGCGCGGGCAUUUUCUGCUACUGCUGCUGCGGGCUCCUCCGUCCGAGACAGAUGUUGCGAAACCAAGGCCUCCUCAAGUGCCGCUGCCGCAUGCUCUUCAAUGACCUGAAGGUCUUCCUGCUGCGGAGACCCCCCGCGCCGCCGCCGCCCUCCCCGCCGCCGCCGCUCCCCAUGCCCGGCGGCGCAGAGGCGGCGGCGGGGGCCGCUCCGCCCGGGGGGCGCGGGCCCGGCUGGCGGGCGGCGGCGGGCGGCGGCGGCGCGGGCAGCCCGGCCGCCGAGGAGUGGGGCAGCCCCGCCGGAGAGCCGCCCGCCUCCCUGCCCAGCAGCACCUCCUCGGAUGACUUCGGCAAGGGCAAGGCCGAGGACCGAUACUCGCUGGGCAGCAGCGUCGACAGCGGCAUCCGCACCCCGCUCUGCAGGAUCUGCUUCCAGGGGCCCGAGCAGGGGGAGUUGCUGAGCCCGUGUCGAUGUGAUGGAUCGGUGAAGUGCACGCACCAGCCAUGUCUGAUCAAAUGGAUUAGUGAGAGAGGCUGCUGGAGCUGUGAGCUGUGUUACUACAAGUAUCACGUCAUUGCCAUAAGCACAAAGAACCCUCUGCAGUGGCAGGCCAUCUCUCUGACAGUCAUUGAGAAGGUUCAGAUAGCAGCGGCCAUCCUGGGUUCCCUCUUCCUCAUUGCCAGUAUCUCGUGGCUCAUCUGGUCGACCUUCAGUCCUUCAGCCAAAUGGCAGCGCCAGGACCUGCUCUUCCAGAUCUGCUAUGGAAUGUACGGCUUCAUGGACAUUGUCUGUAUAGGUCUAAUAAUACACGAAGGGCCCUCGGUUUACCGGAUUUUUAAACGGUGGCAGGCGGUCAAUCAGCAGUGGAAAGUGCUGAACUAUGACAAAACAAAGGACAUGGAGGAGCAAAAAACAGGGACCAGGACAAAUCAGCGCCCCUCCUCCCAAACCACCCAUUCGUCCUCCACUGGUGGUACAGCCACUAACUCCGCUCCAGCCGACAGCGGGGCACGGGCUGCCGGCCAUGCCACAGGCACCCUCUCUGACCACCACUGUGCUUAUACCAUCCUGCAUAUACUCAGCCACCUGAGGCCUCACGAACAGAGGAGUCAGUCUAGCAGUAACAGAGAGCUCGUCAUGAGGGUCACGACGGUCUGAGCCGAGGAAUUCAGGAGGCCUUAACAUGAAGCGGAGGAGACAAAGAACUCAUAAAGCAGAGGAGCAUGGUGUGCCUUUUUCUUUCUCUUUCCUUUUCUUUUUUCUCUUUUUUUUUUCCUCCUCUUCUUUUCAUUUUUCAGUAACUGCACAAGAUAUAAGAGGCGGCACCUGGCCAGCUGAGGAAAAAAGCAGGUGGAGGGAGAGCUGCACACUCAUGCUAAAGAGGUUAAUGUUUUCCAGCCUGUUUAAAAAAAAAAAAAAAAAGAAAAAAAAGAAAAAAAACAACAACACAAAUCACAAAAAAAACAACAAAACAAGUGCAAUACAGACUACAAACUGAGUAGGCAGAGUUCUGGGGAAGCAGAGGAACAGACGGUUUAGCAUGUCUUACAAAUCCUAUUACCUGGAAUAGGUAACGCUCUGUACACACCCCCCGUACACACACACACGCGCACACAAACACACACACAUAGUGUGAGAUUUAUAAAAACAUGGAAGGGAACGAAAUAUUUGGAGUGUUUUUAUUUUCCAGACUGUGAUUAACCAGGGCUAUGAGUUGUUUUGUUUCAUUAGUCACUGGAACUUUGUUUGAUUUACCAUGGGGUACCUGAAGUUAAAUGGCUGGGGAUUUUUCAGUAUUGAUUUACGGAAGGAGAGAUUGAAACAUCUCACCAACAAAAUCUUAAAAAAAUCCAGGCAUACGCAAAUUUCACCAAAAA